UGGGGCUAAACACAGUUUAAGCCCGACGGUGCACCCCUCUGGGAGUGUCCUGGCACUGGGGCAACUUUCAGAGACCCUUCAAAGUUGCCACUGACACCUGCAUCCCUGCAGCCUUCCCCAGAUGACAUGGCAGAGCUUCUCUUUGGAGAGUCCAAAUUAGAACAGUUCCUGAAGGAAAAUCCUCUUAAACAGGGCACUAGUCCCCAGGGUCCCCGGCCAAAACUGACUGAGGUUAGAAAACAUCUCACUGCAGCUCUUGACAGAGGAAACUUAAAGCCAGAAUUCUUACAAGAAGCCAACUUAACUAUGGCCAAGUUAAACUAUGUGGAAGGUGACUACAAAGAAGCUCUUAACAUAUAUGCCAGGAUUGGAGUUGAUGACUUGCAACUAGUUGCUGUACCACCUUAUAGGCUGCGGAUGAUUGCUGAAGCAUAUUCUACCAAAGGUCUUUGUCUAGAGAAACUGCCAAUUUCCUCUUCAGCUAGUAACCUCCAUGUGGAUCGUGAACAAGACAUCAUUACGUGCUACGAGAAGGCUGGAGAUAUUGCCCUUCUGUACCUUCAAGAGAUAGAACGGAUAAUAAAUACCAAUAUACAGAACAGAAGCCCUAAACCGGGGCCUGCUGCACAUGAACAGGAACUGAGUUUUUUCUUAGAAACAGGACUCCAAAGAGCACAUGUUUUGUAUUUCAAGAAUGGGAACUUGACAAGAGGAGUCGGUAGAUUUAGAGAGAUAUUAAGAGCUAUUGAAACGAGAACUACACAAAAUCUGAGAAUGACGAUAGCCAGACAGUUAGCUGAAAUUCUGUUACGUGGCAUGUGUGAACAGAGUUAUUGGAAUCCUCUGCAAGACCCUCCUCAUCAAUCUCCUCUUGAUGAUCCACUCCGGAAAGGCUCAAACACUAAAAAUUAUGCACUCAGCAGAAGACCACGGGUGUACACUGGAGAAACUAUUUUUUGUCCGCAAGAAAAUACAGAAGAAGCCCUGUUGUUGCUACUGAUUAGUGAAUCUAUGGCUAACCGUGAUGCAGUACUGAGUAGAAUACCUGAGCACAAAAAUGAUCGCAUCAUCAGUUUGCAAAGUGCAUCUGUGGUCUAUGAUUUACUUACUAUUGCCUUGGGAAGAAGAGGUCAAUAUGAAAUGCUAUCAGAGUGUUUAGAAAGAGCCAUGAAGUUUGCAUUUGAAGAGUUCCAUCUUUGGUAUCAGUUUGCACUGUCAUUAAUGGCUGCAGGAAAAUCUGCUCGAGCUGUGAAAGUCUUAAAGGAAUGUAUACGCUUGAAACCAGAUGAUGCUACCAUACCACUCCUUGCUGCCAAACUGUGCAUGGGAUCUCUUCACUGGUUGGAAGAAGCAGAAAGAUUUGCCAAAACAGUUGUUGAUCUUGGAGACAAAACCUCAGAGUUCAAAGCAAAAGGCUACUUGGCAUUAGGACUGACUUACAGCUUGCAAGCCACUGAUGCAUCUUUGCGAGGUAUACAAGAGAUCCUGCAGAGAAAGGCUCUUCUUGCAUUUCAGAGAGCCCACAGUUUGUCUCCAACGGAUCAUCUGGCAGCAUUUUACCUGGCUCUGCAGCUUGCCAUAUCUAGACAGAUACCAGAAGCUUUGGGUUAUGUUCGUCAGGCUCUUCAACUUCAAGGAGAUGAUGCAAACUCUCUGCAUCUCCUUGCGCUCUUGCUCUCAGCUCAGAAACACUAUCAUGAUGCUUUGAAUAUUAUUGACAUGGCCUUGAGUGAAUAUCCGGAAAACUUUAUAUUAUUGUUUACAAAAGUCAAACUGGAAUCCCUGUGUAGAGGCCCAGAUGAAGCACUUCUUACCUGUAAACACAUGCUACAGAUUUGGAAAUCCUGUUACAAUCUCACUAACCCCAGUGAUUCUGGACGUGGGAGCAGUUUGUUAGACAGAGCUAUUGCUGAUAGACGACAGCUUAAUACUAUUACCUUACCAGACUUCAGUGACCCUGAAACAGCCUCUGAUACUUCCUCAUCCUCUCUCUCAAGAACAGAGUCUCCUCUCCAACUGUUUGUAUCUUCUCAUCCUCAUACCAAAUCAGAUACCUUUGUCUGGCCCCAGGCAACCCAUCCACACUGUGACCACGUUUCUGGGCCCUGCACAUCAUCUCACUGUUCAGUCCAUGCAACAUCAAUAGCAGCCUCCAGAGUGGAACAGGCACUUUCUGAGGUUGCUUCAUCUUUGCAGAGUAGUGCUCCUAAACAAGGUCCUCUGCAUCCUUGGAUGACUCUGGCUCAAAUCUGGCUCCAUGCAGCUGAAGUCUACAUAGGAAUUGGGAAACCUGCUGAAGCCACAGCAUGUACCCAGGAAGCAGCUAACCUCUUUCCAAUGUCGCAUAAUGUCCUUUACAUGAGAGGUCAAGUGGCUGAACUUCGUGGAAAUAUUGAUGAAGCCAAACGCUGGUAUGAAGAGGCCUUAUCGAUUAGUCCUACCCAUGUAAAAAGCAUGCAGAGACUGGCUCUGAUACUUCAUCAGGUAGGACGCUACAGUUUGGCAGAGAAGAUUCUCAGAGAUGCUGUGCAAGUGAAUUCUACAGCCCAUGAGGUUUGGAACGGUCUCGGGGAGGUUCUGCAAGCUCAGGGCAAUGACGAUGCUGCAACUGAGUGCUUCCUGACAGCACUGGAGCUUGAAGCCAGCAGCCCCAUAGUCCCUUUUACCAUCAUUCCCAGAGUUCUCUAAGAGAAGAUCAUCUCACUGCCAGUUCAUCAUGGUUCAGCGUCUGGACUUGGGGGUGAGGAAACACGACAUACUGAUAUGUCUGAUAAUGCAGGUUGGUUUGAAAAACUUCAGGUAACGAACUCCCCGCUCUGAUUAUUGCUGUGGGGAAACUGAUGGAACAGUGAAGUGAUGUGCUAUAUUAAUUUAGAAUGAAGGAAAAAACGACUAACCAAAAACAAAUUGCUUGUAUCACUUACAUUUUUGCCCCACGGUAGUUCUGAAACCUGCUUAUUGUUCAACUGGAUAACGUGCCAUAUUUUGUUAAGUGACAUCUGAGUGUUACGUAAUACUAUAACAGAACCAAGCACCAAAUGUAAAAUGAUAUUUUCAAGUUAAAAUUCAGUGGCAGAGCAGCCUAUUUUUAACAAGCCUGUUAUGGAAACUUGUUCUCUCCUCCUCCUCCUCAACCUCUCUUGGCCCAAAGUCAAAAUGUGAAUUUUCUGUUUUCCAUCUCUAUUUUGGUCCAGGCCAGAAAAUCGUUUGAGUUCCUGUUUUUAGUUGUUAAUAACUGUGAUGUGUGGCUAAUUGUUAUCUUUAUUUAGAACAAAGAAUGAAGACAAGAAUAUUUAUAUUUUACCAAUGUAUGCCUGUUUCGAAGGAGAAAAUAUUAGUUAUUUAAGUUUAACUUUUUUAUGUGAAUUCAGAGUUUAUUUAUCGAUGGAAAUAUGUAAAAAGAAGCUUCAUAUGGAAUAUCUACUGACAUUCCUUAUACAUGACCCACACGUGGUUAAAUGGGAAGAUUAUGUUAAUAAUAAAAUGAUUUUUAAAUGGAA